AUGUGUUUACAUACAAAAGAAACAACACAAUGGGAUGUGUCGAAGACAUGCAAUGAUGAGAGGAAAAUUUCAAUUGAAAAUAUUAAAAUAUCAAAGGAUGAGAAAGAUAAAAAGAUAAACUCACGAAAGCAUGAUGCUGAUGAUGAUAAUGAGAUGAAGAAGAGGGAAAAAUCCAUUACAAAAUUAGCAACUAAUGGAAUGCAAAAAAGUAGAUCCAAUGAAAAAUGUGAUAACAAUGAACAAAAACUAAAGAAAGUGAACCACAACGAAAAGAAAAUUCUAAAACAAAACGAAGUAAAUGACCAGUUAGUGAACUCAUUCAUUGCGGAAUUUACUCAAAAAAGUGUGUCGAAAAGUGGGAAAGAAUCAUCUACUUCUGUAAAGAAGGAAUCAGUGAUACGUGACAACACACUUGAAGAAAUACCACGUGAUAUGCCAAAAUAUAAUUCAUCAUAA